CUUUAUUGAGCUUGGCAACUUAUGGUUAUCGUUCUCACAAGUAGACCAAACUUUGGUGGCACCAAAAAUUGAGUCAAGCGUUUAAUAAGUGUGGUUUGAGCCUUGUGCUAGUUUAUUGUGAAAUCAACACCCCCUUAAAUUUCAAGACUCACCUUAUUGAUGAAGGAUUAUGGCCACACUAUCAUAACCACUAAAAUACAAGAGCUCACUUUCGAAUUAUGAGUUUUUCGAGCUAUAUAAGAGUGAGUGUUUUCCGGUUCGUAUUGCCUGCUACAUUAAAAAUAUUACGCAUCAAAAUGAAGCUCUUCAACGCAUUAUCACUUUUCACCGUCGCCCUUGCCGACUUCGACGGAAAAAUGAUGUUCUGGGGAAACGGCGGAUUAUGUUUAGUCCUGGCUGAUGCAGAGAAUAUGCUUUAUUGUAAACAAGGAUUGAUCAGUGAUUAUGUCGUCUCAGAUUCACGCUUAACCGCGGGAAAUUUAUACUUGAGUCAAGAACUGGGUAGACUCAGUUUGAAUGAGACUAUGGAUACUGAUUUUGCAGUGAAUAGAGAUGGGUUUGUCUUCUUCGGGCAUUCGAAUAAAUUUAUGCUUUGCAAUGAUCGUCUGAUUGUUCUCAAAGGUGGCUGUAUUGGACUGGAAGGUACACUUAGAAUUUUGAUAGAAGGAUAAAGAAGUUUUGAAACGAUUGAUUUUAUAUUGGCUGAGAAAAUUGUUUUCUCAUCCAUUUACCUGUUCUAUGUUGCAAUACCGAGUCUUGCAUGAUAUUCACAGAAUCGAAACUACAAAAUACUGUCAAUAGCAACUCUUAAGUAUUAAUUUACGUGCGUA